AUGAGCGCAACUGGGAAGACAGAAGGAAGCCAGAGGCUGGAGAAUGGGUCGGAGGUGAAGGCGGAAGCACCGGCUCUUCGAGUGCCGACUAAGUCGUACAGCAACACAGCCUGGCUCCACAGCCGCUCAGCCAGGCAAGUUCGCAUCUUGUGCGAGUACCUGGAGGUGCGAGAUCGCUUGCGGCGCAGUCGGGUUCUGGCCACGUUCCUCGUCUUCGGCACAGCCCGCGGACUGAGCCGAGAGCAGUGGCAAGCGCGCAUGACUGCGGCAACGGACCGCCUCAGCCAGUUGAAGGCUGAGAGCAAGCAAGACGCGAACACCAAGGAGAGCCAGGAAAUUGAAUCCGCUGAGCGGGAAAUCACACGCCUGCGUCGGCUCGAGUGGGUCUGCGAAUUCGCAGAGAAGGUCACCAGGCUGACGCGGAGGCUGGCGGAGUGGCUGCUUACCCCUGAAGCGCGAACUGCGGUGGCAAAGAUUCUGCGAGAGAUACCGACCCCGCUCGAGAACGACGACGACUGGGGUCAGGAGGCGAGCGCGCUCGACGAACCAGACGGGGUCUGCCCUGUCGCCAUUUGCACCGGCGGCGGCCCUGGUCUGAUGGAGGCGGCCAACAAGGGAGCUGCGCAAGUCCCCGGUGCUCGGAGCAUCGGCAUGGGAAUCAGUCUUCCCUUUGAGAGUGGACUGAACCCUUACGUCUCGAAGGAGCUGGGCUUCCAGUUCCAGUACUUUUUCACACGCAAGUUCUGGAUGGUCUACAGUGCGCUCGGCGUCAUUGCCGCUCCCGGAGGCGUAGGCACGCUCGACGAGCUCAUGGAGGUGUUAACGCUCAAACAGACCAAAAAGAUGAAGCGAGACAUUCCGAUCGUGCUAUUCGGGAAAACAUACUGGGAUAGCGUCCUCAACUUCGACAAAAUGGUUGAGUAUGGAAUGAUCAGCGAAUGCGACCGCGACCAGCUCUUCCUCACCGACGACGAGGAUGAGGCAUUUGAGUACCUCAGAAGCUUCCUUCUACAAGACAAGCUAGUAUUGGGAGAGGGCUACGUUCACAAGUCCCUCCGAAAGAGGCGUCGCGAGUAA